AAAGCCCCACCUGACCAGACAUUGAACCGUGAGGCGCUUCAACUUUUUGCCUGGGCUUGUUUUUCCCCUCUCACGUCUUGUGUGGCUAGUUCUUAUGUCACCAUCAUUCCUUCCACCGUUUACUUAUGUCAACCGACCGAAGACGGACGGCAUAGCUGGGAGACAUCUUGACUUCUUCCCCGCCUCUCACGGCGUCUUAUCCCAUUCUUGUCUGUGGGGAUGCUUGAACCACCGCCGUGGUAUUUUCAUAGUGUCCGUUGAGUGUCAGGAGCUUUUGGAAAAACACCGUCUUUCUCAUGGCCAGCUGCUGCCUCCUCCGUCAAGACUGUUUUUGUCGUUAUCGUGGGGUGUCAAUCACAUGCACUUGUUUGUUAUUGUGAAGUGAAUGGUCCGUGGUAGUCAUGAUCUGACUGAGUAGUAAGACACCUAAAACACUACGUAGUGUUUUCUCAAAGUUGAAAUGGUCUCCCGGAGGUUGCUAACACCGAACUACCGCCAUACGACAGGAAAAUAAAUUAAAGCGUAUAAAACUUAUUAAAAGGACCGUUUAAAGACUGAAGAACAAAUUCAAACGUAUAUUAGCUUUAAUACAGACAAAACAUGUCUUCAAGGGUCAACUCUUUUACUGAAACGAGUUGUCAAAUAUUUUUACACUUAACACAUAUGUGCUCUGGUAUCUGAAUUCAUAAUAAACACUGUGUCAGUGGAGCGGAUUCCACCCAAACAGUCCCAGACUGUUAUUCUUGUUACCUUGUCCUGAAAGUCUGACUGUAUUAGAUGGACAAAACGCAGGAGAUGCCGGUUUGAUGGCAAGCAGCCACCCGUGGGGCAUACUUACGUCAAACCCCCUGGCCCUGUCAUAUGUCCUAGAAAAUAGGCAAAAUCGCAAGACAUGAAAAGCCAGACAGUCACGGUCACAGGUGUUCGGUAGAAUCUCAGCAAGAGGCUUAUUUGUCGUGCGGUGCGUCCGGCCACACCUGGCCGGUAACCACACAGGGAGAGUCCGCCGGAACACCGGUAACUCUCUCCUGCCGAAAAUACGAGUGAACACCACGCUCCGUAUCUGCUUGAGCGCAUUGCAUGAGGAUAUCGCCCCGAGCAUAGCCAGAAGGCCUAGGAUAUUUCCGCGUGCCAUGUUGCUGGCGUCUUUCACCUUGGCCGUUAAUCAAAUCUCGAGCUCGAGAUAGGACAACUUCAGAACAGCGCUUUCCACUUCUAGCUCUUUCGAAACAUUUCCAGAAAACGUUCCAGCCCUUCUGCUGAUUGGGGCACGCGCGAACACGCGUGACUCCGCCGGCCCCCACAUGUAUUUGGACAAGUUCAGGAUCACGUCGGUAUCACUCCAUAAUAUCAAAACUACACAGCGAGGUGGUCUCGGGAGAUUAUCCCGGAAGAGUCGGUCGUCUCUGGUGGUCUGACGGAAAACCAAGCCAGAUGGAGCGUCUAUGACGUGUGACUGGCAUUAGAGCAAACGUCAUAGCGCAAUGUUUCCCGCUGUUUUUAGUGUCUGAGGAAACACCUGGUCCCACUAUUGUACAUCAGAGUUUUUUUUUUCUUCGUGAACAUGACCUGUACUACAUAUUGCGAACGGAGAAGGGUGGUAUAUUAAACAAUAAAUGCCACACAUCGUAAAACUUGUCCCAUGUUCAAUAUCACGCGGCGUUGGCUUCGCGCGGCGUGUUUUGCUGACAUGGACGUGACCCGGGCCUCUCUUGGGCCGCUAAAUGGGGACACAGACACGGCAUCUCCGGCAAACUGGCUUAGGGGGACAUUCUAGUCAGCCUGGGAUCUGCCACAUGCAAAUGGUUUGGUUAUUUUUGUCUUUAUUACGAAAGCUUGCUGUGCGAGCUAGACGACCUUGUUUAGUCUGGCGAUCCUCGUUUUUCGAGUGAUCUUGUCCUUUUGGGGGCUGCGACUGCGGUGCUGUUUGCUUAUCUACAUCAGAGGGACGAACUGAACGUGUCAAGGCUCGAAAACACUUCCGAGAAAUAUCUUCAGGGGGGUAGAGACACCUGUUCUGGAAUCCACGUGUCGGAGCGCUACGGCCCGAAUUUGCAUAGUUUUUCGGGAACCAGAUGUGCCCGGGUGGUGGUCUUUUCCUGUUAUAAAGGUGUCACUACUCAGUGUGUCUUCGUUAUAACGGACUCUGGCCCGUCUCUAUAAACACUGCCGGAGAGGCGUGGGCGAGCUCCGCGCUGGGACAAGAACAUACUCGGUGGAGGAGGACGACGCUCGGACUGGCCUGACUCCCUUCCGCGGUCACCUCGGCAAAGACGUCAAACGGGCGUGUCAUCAAAACAACAGGGAAAGGGAACCUGAAUGACGGACACACAAUAACAGGAAGCUUGAAGUUUGGAGAUCUUCCCACCAAGCAGGUCCGGCGGGAGGCCUGUCUGAUCACUACGGAGAUGAACGUUGUGCCAACGUGACAUCUGACCCACAUGUAUUUAUUCACCAGCGGCUCGUAACAAAGGUGCAUCUAGCAAAACAAUAUUUGUCGAGAACAGUCCGGCGUGAAACAAUCGGUUGGUUAGACUCAGAACAGAGAGGAGACUUGUUGAAGCAUGGCAGCUAGAAUUGUUCUGCUGGGCUCUCUCCUCGUGCGGGCCUGUCUGGCCGUGACGGUGCCGCCGACCGGCUCUACGCUCCACCUCGGGGUCUGUCCGCAGUUCUACGUAGACUCUCUGAGCACCUGCAACAAGCGGUGUCUAUCGGACGCCGACUGUCUCCAGCAGGAAAAGUGCUGCAACAACGCGUGCGGGGAUAAGAGCUGUGUGACGGCGGCGGAGGAGACCGUCCCCACGACGACGAUCACGACGACUACGGAGGACAGUGUGCAGGGGUCGUGCCGCGGGUACGACUGCAUGCAGCAAGGCGCCGUCUGCACGGUGGUGGACGGCCGCCCGAAGUGCGUGUGCGAGUCUCUGUGCCCCGUGGACAAGGAGCCGAGCUUCGUGUGUGCCUCAGACGGCAUGACUUACUUCAACGAGUGCUACAUGAACGCUACGGCCUGCGAACUUGGCAAGGCGAUACACGUGGUUCCAUGCAAGGCGAUUAUCCGAAACACCGGCGCCCCGACUUCGACAUGGACGCACGAGGUCCCGAGUAUGUUGGAAGACUCCAGCCAGCCCGCCACAUCGGCUCCUAUCAUCAUAUCUGAACCUUUCAUCCACAUGGUCCGCGAGGACGACAACAUAACGUUAGAAUGUCUGGUCUCGGGCGUGCCAACACCCACAGUCUUCUGGCUGAAGCAAGGGGACGAUGACAACAUUUUAGGGCCGGGCAAUUCUUUCCAUCACUUGGAAGUGUCUGAAAUUGGGACAUUGACAAUCUCCUAUAUCCAGUUGGAGGACGAAGGGAACUACACCUGCAUGGCGGUAAACGUGGCCGGAGACAUCUCCGUCGAGUUCCCGGUAAAAGUCAUUCCAACGUCGACGCCCGAGCCUCUCCCCGACGGGUCUACCUUCUCCCCGGAGGACAUCUGUACCCUCCCGAAGGACGAAGGGUCUUGCGACGACAGCGUCGCCAGGUGGUACUACAACGGGGAACGCCAGGUGUGCGAACGGUUCGACUACUCGGGAUGUGGCGGCAACGACAACAGGUUCGACACCAUCCACGAGUGCAUCAUGGCAUGCCCCGAUGUGACGGCCGCCACGUGCCGACUCCCGGCAGUGGCCGGCCCCUGUAAGAAAUACGGGACGAGGUGGUACUACGACAUAGACAAGGGCGUGUGUUCCUGGUUCAUCUACGGUGGCUGCAGGGGGAAUGCCAACAACUUCGAAACCCUGGACAGCUGUAACGACGCCUGCCCGUACCAUGUCGAGAACACCUGCGCCAAGUGCCCCAACCGCUACGGCAUGGUCGAGUACUUCUGCAUGAGUGACUUUGCCAUCGUCGGGACCGUCUUAGAAAUCAUCGACUACGUGGACGAGCGACCGAAGGCCGUCAUUCUGCUACAGACAGUCUACAAGGACAGGCUGGGCAUGUUCGGAAGCGCGGAGUCGGCGCGCGCGUUUCCCCUAGAGAUUAGUCUGAACUUCACCAUUCGCCAGCCGUGCCCGUGUCCUGAACUGAAGGUGGAAGAACAGUACAUCCUCAUGGGUAUGGUACAGGACGGGCACCCCGUGGUGGACAAGGACAGCUUCGUAAAGACAUUGAACGAUAAGAGGAAACAGCGUCUGCGGCACACCUCCACAUCCACAGACGUCUGCGAAAAUCUGAAGGCGUAUAAUUCGGAGGAGGACAACCUGGGAGAAGCAACGCACGACUCGGCUGACGACUCGCUGCCCCCACACCCCCCACACCCCCCUGACCAUGCUGACAUGGCUUCCCCGCCGUCACAAACGCAUAGGGAAGAUAGUGCCGACAGGCAGGACAGAGCAGACGACACGGACGAGUUCUGGUAUCGUUAACUGCUGUCUGGGGACUGGGCUGUAGGGAAAAACACCUGUAGCCUGGAUGCUAGACCGUUGUCAGGGCCGGUAUACAGGCAAGCCCCUCAGUUAGACCCAGUUUCCUCGGGGACAUGUUGGCCCUGGAGCCGAGGAGCUAGUCUGUAUACUGGCCCUGGCAACAAUCCACCACUCAGGCUACGAGACCUGAAGCUCCGGCUUCCAACUGCUGCAUUCCCCCUACAUGAUUCAAAUUUAAAAACAUGUACCUUAGUUUACAAAACAUUAAGCAAGGGCAAGGCUUAAGUGUGGUUUCUGCCUUUCCCCUCCAAUUCAUGACUUGCCAGAGCAACUGUUACCCAGUAUUUCAUGAUCAGGGUCAAGGAUCGACCAAAAAAUCUGAAUUACUUGCAAGUCAUGUGCAGAAGGAAAGAUGCAAGGCAAAGCUUUUCAUUGAAUAAAACACAAAAAAAAUAUGGCCACAUUAAAAUGUCCCCAAAGAUCCUUGUGUUUUCACCUAAAGACUGAAUUGCCAACAAAUAAUUUCUCAAACAGUCAUUGGCCAAAGUCUUGAAGAUGUCUUGAUGGUUAUUAGGUGACUUAGGACGUUUCAGAUUGCCUUAACGUUGUGACGUCAGUCAGAACUUCUAUCAAAGUUGUUGGCUGUUUUUGUGACCACAUGUCACUUUGAGAGUGACACAGUGAAAUGUGCUGCCUUGGCAAACCUGCCUCGGGGUCUGUUCAAAAACACAUGGUCCACUCUAACCCUAACCAGACAUCAAAUACCCAAAUCUUCAGAUCUAAAUAAAUAAAAUCUGGCUUGUGACAGAGUGGCAAUGAUCAAAGACUUUCCUACAAAAAAUGUCUCCCACAGACAUGCAGGCAGUAGGAUUAACCUUGACUUUGUUGUUUCAAACCACAUGGCGCUUCCCUGCCUGAUUUACGUCUGUACGAGAAGUGUGGCCGUGCUGGAGGGAGACCGGGCUCGCACCGACUUUGAUCAGGUCCCCAGAAAUGUGCUGGUCGUAGAACCAGGUCAAGAAUCCCUCUAUCUGUCCAUCCAACCUUCGGGGCUUGUUAGCCAGGUGGGGAUUCAAAGACAGGAUUUCUGUCGGACCAUAUAUACAGCACAAAUUUUGGUCCAAACCUUUACUGAGACUCUUACGUCUGGGUGUAUAUUCACUCUCCCAGCACACUAACUAGGAUGGCAUCCAUGCCGUACCCUGACUUGAAUAAAAUGUAUCAAAUGUUGGCUGUGGAAUUUCCUUCAAAAGAGAUUCAUACAAAACGUUACAAAAUCUUCAAUGACAUCAGUGUAUUUGACUGAAUGGGAGUCGGUAGUCACUAAAUUUGGGCUCUUAUUGGGGGGGGGGGGGGCAGCAGUUGCCAGAAUCCCGACAGACCAUCCCACCCCCGUGCAGCAGUUAAAAAACCGCCUACACCAGAGACAAAGCUAAGUCACUGGCUUUGCAGAAGAUAUUUUCUCAGGUUGCCGUCUUUCCCCUGUAAUUAUACUACCUCAUGGAUGGUGGUGCAGAUAGGAGCCUCUGGAUCAAUGUAUUUGAAACGGAUGCUUUGAAAUCAAUUGUACAAAGUUUAUCAUUAAUCUUUUCUAUUGAUUGAUUGAUUGAUUAAUCCAUAGUUUUUGGUGUUCGUACAUGACGCCGGAGGAAACUGCACUGCCUGAUACAGACCAAAGCUGUUAGGUUAUGUAAGGCCACGCUAAUAUAAUUUACGGAUGGCAGAUGCAUGCACGUUGACUUUGGCCUUGGCUCUGGCCUGUUCCCUGAACUAGACAGGAAAGGUGACCAUUUAUGGAAAGGAUUUAUGGUACCUCCAUCUACAUCUGCAAGGGGUUGUAAAUCCACCGUCAUUAAAAGAAACAAAGUUCGUGUCUAGGAACAGGCAUGGCAGCAAGUUUCCCUGUUUUUGGCAUGCAUUUGGUAGCAAGAUUUUGGAGGCACACGAGGAGGGGUACCAACCCCUCAUACAAGUGCAAAAACUACACUACUGAAAAUUGCAACCAAUUCUCUUAGUUGAAGAGUGAGCAUAAAUUAUGUUGCAAAAUAGCAAUGUUUGGAAAACAAAAAUGUCUUGCACAGGUUUAAUUACAGAAUGUCAUCCACAAAGUCAGAUUGUUUGUUUGGCCUUAUAGAGCUGGAUGCAUGUUAUAGAGAUCUUACCAUACCUACAUUAAGACAUUAAGCAUGGUUUUGAUAUUACGUUACAAAUCUGCACAGUAUGACCGCUUUACCUUACCUUUAUUUCAUUGUUAUUUAUUUGAUAGGUAAUAAUUUUGGAAUAUUCAACCUGACACUGCACUUAUCAGAAGCCAAGCGCACCAAAGUAUGUAAUCAUUUGGAUGUAACCAAAUUUAAGAGAAUUAUAGUUACUACUGGCUACAUUUGGAAGUCGUUAGAACAAGGAGUUUAUAGGGAGAUAUAAGCACCUUGGU